AUGGCCUCCAUGGGGUCUUCCUUUAUGCAAGCCGCGACCGAGCCAGAUCUCUCCGCCAUGGACGUCAUCAGUCCCCCAGACGAAAACGUUGGUCCCACGCUUAUCGUCACGUCGUCCGUCCUCAUGUUUCUCGUUUUUGUGACCACGACGCUUCGGCUUCUCGUCCGAGCCCGAAACCGCAUGCUCGGUUGGGACGAUCUGACAAUUGCACUCGUCGCCAUCCUCUCCGCCACGCGUCUCGGAUGCCAGAUUGCGCAGGUGCACUUUGGCGACGGCCGCCACCGGAGCUACAUCGACGCAGGUGACUACCAAACAGCCAACCGAUUCGGGUGGUAUGCGCUGCUGCUCUUCUUCGUGGCCAUUUGCCUUAUGAAGAUUUCGAUCUGCUUGCUGCUUCUGCGGAUCAAGAACGAGCGGUGGCUGCGGUGGCUGAUUUAUGGGAUGGUGGCCGGAUUGCUGGCGACCAACGGCGGCGUGGUGAUCAUCCUGCUCGCCGAGUGCCGUCCGGUCGACGAGUAUUGGAACAACAUGGGCGCAUGCUGGGACCCGCGGGUACGUGUGUUUAGCAUCUACCUGACGAUUGGGUACGCCGUCCUGACGGACCUGCUUUGUUCCUGUCUGCCGCUCGUGGUCAUCUGGAGAGUUCGCAUUCCGCUCAAGUCGAAGAUGCUCGUCUGUGGGCUGAUGAGUCUGGGGCUGCUCGCCACCGGCUGCGGUAUUGGACGAGCCGUCUCUCUCAGUAUCAUGACAACGGACUUUACCUUUCAGCUCACAGUGGGAGCGGAGGCGGUGGAGGUAGCGGUGGAGGCAAUGCGGCACACAAUGGCAGAGCCGGAAGUGGCCGCGGCAGUGGUCCUCGAGGUACAUCGAGUCAACAUUGGAGCUUUUACGGCUCCCAGUCGCACGGCUCUCCUCAUGGCCUGGCAAUCUUGA